UCUAAAGGCGGGCUCAAUAAAGCUCAUUUCUUUCCAAGGUCAAGAGAAUACAGACAGAAAUAUCAAGUCACAAUUCACAUGUUUUAGUUGUGUCAACGUGGCUUAGAUGCUACCUAGUCUUUCGGCGUUAAAUUCACAUGUGCACUCUAGUACUAGAGUGUUUCGGUUUCCUGAAGGUUCAUUAUCUACUUUGUCAAAUAAAUUAUAAAGUCUAUGACGCUUGUGUGCACUAGCGUUUAGCAGGGAGGAUCUUCAAGACUACUGGAUAAAGAGUUUUGUUGGACUCUAUCGGACGGACGCGAUGCCAAUUCUGACUUUUUGCUACGCGAAUCUCAGGACUGUCUAGAUUCUGAAACACCCGGAUUCCAUUAGGUUUUGGUCACAAAGGUGUUGGGCAAGUGUGGUGACUUUGUCUUUGGGUUUAGUCCUUCGUUGAGAAUAGGCUGUCGAGUAAAGAGUGUUCCGAAGUGAUCAACCACACCUUCUGCUUUGUCCUGGUCUACCUUUAUCUUUUGGGAUUCACUCCGUUUUGUUAUUGGAUUGGGAGUCCAAAAAUGAGUCUUUGUUCUGUGGUUGAUAUAAGCGAACAGUCGCUUCGGCUUCUUCAGUCUUCAGUAAUAAGUAUAAUAGGUUGGUGAACCUGUGUUAAUAAUGACAGAUUGUCUUCCAGUAAAGUUCCAGCUUCUCCUUGAAAAUAUUCAGUGAUGGGGCUGAUACCAUUUGUUCGGGUAAGGCGUCCCAGUCAUUGACUACUCGAUGAGAAAAAAGGGACCCCACUCUACGUUUAUUAUAUCGCGGUUUGUGAACCUUCUUGCUAUGACCACGGAGAUUUUUAGUGCUGGAGGGAGCAGGGAGAUAAGACGUAUUAACACCCAAAUCAUAAUUAAAGAUACGAAAUGCCAGUAUAAGGUCACCUCACACCCUACGAUACGACAAGGGUAAGGCUUAGAUGUUUUCAAAGCUCAUUGUAAGGGAGUUUAGAAAGACCCUUCACUAAUUUUGUUCCCGCACGCUCAAGUGAGUUAGUAUCUUUUAUCAGACAUGGGAUAGCUGCUUGGAUAUAGUACUCUAAGUAUGGUCUUACAUAGGUGAGAUAUAAAAUUCGAAACAUUUUCUCGUCAUAGCUUUAAAUGCUCGGCGAAGUGACUAUAACGCACGAAAACCUUUGACAGCAGCUGCGUUGCAUUGAGUAAUCUUUAUGUUCUUGAAAGCCUGGAAGAAAUGUGCCAUCAAUAGUAUACUGGUAACUAUUACCGUGUACGACGUGCAUGAGUACACUCUUCCUAGAAAUAACUUCUAAGCCUCAACCUUAAGCCCAUCUGGUUAAUUCGUUUUGGUCAACUUGGAGAUCUAAAUGAUCAGCCUCAAUUUUAUUGUUCUCCGGAUUUUGACAUUAUUCGCAAACAAUAAUGUCGACGACUUAAGCAAUCACGGCAUUUUAUUAACGUAGAGAAGAAAGAGUAGGAGACUUGAUAUAGUGCAUUGGGGUACAUCACUUUUGACCAGCUUCCAUUCGGAUAACGUUCCAUUAACCUGGACUUUCUGUCUGUGAUCACACAAAAAGUUUUCUCACCAUUCCUGUACAUCACCUGUUAUCACGAAGCUCGAGAGAUUCUGCAUAUAACCUUUUUAUGAAAACUUGUCAAACGCUUUGUUAAAGUCUAUGAAUGUCACAUUGACAGACAGACCGUUAUAUAGGGAUGCCGUCUAUUCCCCUCUCGCAAUAAGUUAGUCGAGCAUGAAUGCUUGUUUCAAAACCCGUGUUGCUCGGGAGUUAACAAAUUGUAAGAAUCUAUGUGACUUGGCAAGUUAACCGGAAUUAUCUUCUCAAAUAAAUUAAGGACUAUGCUGGUAAGACUGGAAAGUCUGUAGUUAGAUACGAUCUGUCUCUGACCAUCCUUAAAUAUAGGACUGACUAUAGCGUCUUUCCAAUCUAGGAAGUUGAGCCAGUGAAAGGGAUAUGUUGAAAGGCGUCGCGAGUGAUCUUGAAAUGAUGUCCGCGAGGGAUGACGGUAGUCGUGGAUGUAAACCAUCAGGGCCUGACAUCUUAAAGGUUUGAGGUUAGUGACCAAUAGAAGAACGGUUUCCUCAGUCACCUGUACAGAUUCAAUGGAUGGUAUCUCGGUGUGAUUGGGAUAAGUAUUUGUAACAAUACACGUAGAGUAGACUUCGCUAAAAUAGUUUGAAAAAGUCUCAGCUUUUGCCCGAUCUGAUUCAGCCAGUAAAUCUGAGUUUUCGUGUAACAACAAUGAGGGAACAUUAUCACUAUCUUCUGUUCGCUGUUUAACAUACUAAAAGAAUCGUUUCGGACAAGCACGGCUAUCAUAUGCCAACUGUCGUUCGUAAGUAGUACGGAAUUUAGCUAUGGUCUUUUUACAUAUAUUCCGGAUUUUUUGGUAUUCAUACUUGAAUGAUGCGUGUCCUGUCGACGGGAAUAAGUCCCAGAAGUGUUUCCUACGCUUCAACAGCUUCCGGCUUUUCUUAUUAAUCCAUAAAGGGCAAUGUGAUAGCUUACCUGUUGACCUUGGGAUAAACGGUGAUGUUACGGACUCAAAUUCAGCAUUAAAUGUAUUCCAUUCGUCUUCGAUCGAUCCAUCCGCGUCGACCGACCAGUCAGUCGAGAUAGCACAGUCUCUGAUUGCCGGAAUAUUAGCUCGCCAGAUAUGGGGACGGGGUGGGGUAGAUACAAAUUGUAUACCAUGUGUCCUAAACUUAGUGAGGUACAACGUGAUCAGUAUUCACUAGUGAGGGAGGGUGCCGAAUGUCGAUGACAUCCUCACAGCGGUGUGUGAGGACAAGGUCCAGCAAUGACGGGUCAUAUUCCAAGCCAAUAUGUGUCGGUUUUGCGAUACAUUGUACAAGUGCACACUGAAUAAUGGUUGAUAGAAGGUCGCUAUCGAACCCCCCACCUGGAGCUGUAAGCUCUAUUCAGUUGAUAUACGGUGCGUUGACGUCUCCAGUGAUGGGACAACGUUCUGCCGUACUCCAAGAACAGGCGUGUCUUAAGAUAAAGUCGUCAACCAGACAAUACAGACUACGGUAUAUUCCCCCUAUAGUCACCAACCCAUUUCUAGAUUUAAUCUUACAACAUGCUACCUCACAUGUACCACUAGUAUGCGCCUCCGAUAUGAUUAAUUGUAUACGAAAGUGAUCCCUAACGUAUAGUAUUAUGCCUCCUCCCUAUCACUUCUAAUACAGAUGUAACCUGCGAUGAUGGGAGAACAAUCUAUAUCUACGGUGAGCCAAGUUUCUGUAACGACAAUUAUAUCGGGACUUGAUUCAUCCAUCAUCAAACUUAGGUCGGACGUUUUAUUUCGAAGACUACGGGCGUUCGUGUAGCAUACUUUUAAGAUGCUUUGGGAAUCAUUCGUUCUACCCAUACAGGCCUCGAAAGCAUUGGCUCCCAAGAUCUGACUACCCGAAAACCCUUAUUCGUAAGGUUCGUUUCGCCAUUUAGCAUUCGAAUUCUUAACUCUGUACGAGCAUUCUUCCACUUCAUUCGAUCCUCAAGCGACCAAUCUGGUCGGAUACGAAUAUUUGAAUCACGAGUUUUGGGUGCGUUAUUCAAUAUCAUGUCGAAAUUCCCGAAUACCAACUUCAAGAUCCUUCUUGGUUGGGUCUGGCCUCCGACCCAUUUACCGAGUCUUUUUACCUUCGUUAUAUGUACCCCUGAAACCUCUUCAGCCAGUACAUUUCUGACUACAGAUUUCACUAACUGCAGACCGUCUGCAUGUCUUUUAUUAAGGUCAUUGUCUUUCAACUCCUCUAGAUUCCAAAUAAUUAAACUAGGAAGGGGUUUGACUUUUUUGAAAAUCGUAUUCACAGCUUUCGACUGUGAUGUCAGAUCCUGCAUAUUAACUGCUGGCAUAUUACCGUUAGUUUUCUUUGUAACAGAGUCGAGCGAAUGACUCACAACAAUGUUUGAUGAGGUCUUAUUUUGGGACUUUGGCAGAGUAGUUUUGGCUAUCUUUCCUAUUCUUCUACGUUCACGUGUCAUCCAUUUUCCAUCAGUCGCAACGUCUACAUCGAAACUACUCGGGACGGUAAUGGUUUCGUCAGGAUCGUCAGUCGCUGCUCUAGCAACUUGGCCACCAAUAUCUAAUGGCGUAUCGCUCGUUAAUUGUUUCGGGGUUACAGAUUGUGUCAACUGCUUUCCGUAUUUCCGCUGAGUUGUUCGGAUUGUGUUUAUACACUUGUUUCGGAACAACUUGUAUUCACUGUCCCAAGGUUGAUGUUGACGUCCCAACGUUUUUUAUUUUGUCUUGGCAAACAUGGGAUUUCCCGGUCUAUCCGGGGAUGACCGUGAAUUUUCUUCUUUGGAGCUUCCAAGUGUAUAGAUGUUUAAAUUACGUUUUUUAUAACUACUGGACGUGAUCUUAUGCCUCCCACAAUAAUACGUGAAGUCGAUUUUGCAGUACUCAGUAUAGCCUGCAGAACUGAUCGCCUUCAUAUCUUCCUUCCAUAUAGUAGAAUGCGCUUGCGCAUCUGGUCUAAGAGUAGAAGAUAUUCGUAGGUUACUAGUAUUCGAUCAUAGGUAUCUUCGAAACAUUGCUCGUAUAUCCUGGGACCAUCGAGUAAGUAACACAGUUGUUAAGAAACGGGUACUAGGUGAGGAUGGCAAAUCAGUCGAUGAAGUGGUGAAACUUCAUCAGUUGAUAUGGCUGGGACAUCUGUUACGUAUGCCCAACUACCGAAUGCCCCGACGUGCGAUGUUCACUGGGAUAGGAGUAGGUUGGAAGAAAGAUAGGAGCGACCAGACCAAAACAUGGCACAAAUCCAUGAAGUCAUUGACAAGUGGACUGAGUCAUGUUGGUAGGUUUAGACUACCUGGUUGGGAUCCGCGAGACGAUGGCAACCGAUGGUUAGAGACCCUGAAUGACAUGGGUCAAAAUCGUUUGCAAUGGCGCAGGUGCAUCCACUCUCUGCGUUCUCCCAAAUUCUAAUCUUCUGAAUCUUUCAUGUCCCGCUCUUUUCUCUUUCCAAAUUUAUUUCAUUGGAUUAUACUCUUUGAAUAACAUCUUUAAACCAUAAUCUUUCCGAUUACUGCUUAUAAUUUUACUACCUCUACCAUUAUGGGAUUUGAAUCGACAAUUGUAUCUAUGUGCUAAUGUGGUAUGGCAACUCGAACUGAUGUACGUACGUACGAAGUUCUACGUUGUUGCUGACUUACUGACUUGCGCAUCUGGUCGGCAAACUUCAGCAACAAUGAACUUGAGUUACAUAGCCGCAUGUUUACUUCUCUUCAUAAGUGAACGGUCGUUUAUUUGUCUGAUCGUCAUCGUGAUUGAUGACGGAGUCCGGUACGUGAGACUAUAGUAGUCCAUAUGUGGUGAGAUUUCCAAUGUCCUGGUAUAAAGAUAGAGCGAUUGUGGUUUCUAAGAAAUUGUAAUCAAAUGUUUUUUUGGUGAGCCACUUCCAAGGCUUUGCAGUUCUUAGAGGGUGCAUCGAAAUCUCAUACUAUCAAGUUAUAUUUAUGUGUUAAAACAAAUAAAUAACUAUUAGGCUUCUACACCUGUUUGACCUUGAUUUUAGUUUACUUAGGAAGAAGCUACUACUACACAUUCAGGACUAUGGUACCAGUCAGUCAGCUAAAACUUAGGACCAUGCACAUAUAUGCAUCGGUUCAAGUCGCCAUACCUCAUUAGCACAACAAGAUCAACACCAAAUUAGUAGUAGUUACUUCGGUGACAGUAAUAUAUUAAAGAUUGCAUAUAUGUAUAUAAUACAGGGGGAAAGAAUUAGUUCGUAGAAAGAAAGAUAUGAAGCGAUUUUAAUCUCACGGUUUGAGUGUAUACACCUACGCAACUGUGUCUCCAACCAAUGGUUACGAUAGUCGUGCGAACCCCAACCAAGUAAUCUGAAUCUACCAACACGGCUCAGACCCCAAGUUAGUGACUUUAUGAACUGAUGCCACAUUUGUAGUCCUCUUCACCCUAACGGGUCACUUGUUCAUUUUAGUAAUGAAUCGCACUUAGGAUAUACACUUAUGACUGAGUGUUAAAGAGCUCGCACAGAAGUCCGUGGAGACUCACAGUUCAAAAUAGUGAGUUGUGGGAUUCCCUACAGGAAGUUAUAGUGGUGAAGCCCUCUGCUGAGUCUUUCAAAAGAAGGCUCAAAGAUUAUUUUAGUUCUGUAGAUAAUAAAAGGGACUACUUUAGAUGUUACUUUUCGACCACUCCUACUUUCAACUCAAUUGUUUUGUCCUUCAGUUUCUUGUAGGAAUAUAACAAGAACCAUGUAUUCCCACUAUCAAAAUGUUCUUUUAAUACCUAGACGCAGGUCUCAAAGAACAAACAGUUAGCCAAUUUGCCAAGCUAAGUGAGGGCGACUGUCAACGUACGUCUCUGAAAAAUGAUUUUCUAAAGCACUUUCAGUUGAAGCUCUCGUUAUGCGAUAGAUUUUUUGGUUUCAGUUCAUCAUCCUAAAUCGUUUUCAUAUAUUUCCAUCUUAGGUCUUUUGGGAAAGUAUUGGUAAUUGACUGUCUAAUAAGAAGAAAGUAACCCAUUAUCAAUUGUUUGUUGGGAUUAUCACCGUCGUGAUUACAAAGAAAGAUGCCAACUGUAGAUAGAGCUUUGGCCUUGUUAAGAAAAUAUCCUCGAGUUUCUCCUCAGAAUAUAUCUGAUCUUCCAGGAAGCAAACCACCCAAGUAUCACGGUUUGAAACGAAUGCGAAGAGGUCUUGGUCAUCGUGGUGCUUCCCAGUUUCAAGCAUUCCCACCCUUGGGAAUUUUGGGUGCAAAGACACCAUUUUAUCUUUCUGUUCCUAAAGAACCUUACAACAUUAACAGCAUGUCUGAAAACAAUCUUCACCGUAUUUCGCUUCUAGAGCUUCAAAGACUGAUAGACCUUAAUCGAAUAAAUCCACUAGAGCCUAUUGACAUUUCCACACUAUGUAACACCAAUCUUUACCGGUUAAAUGUGGAUCAUGAUCGACAAUAUGGUUUCCAUCUAACUGACGAAGGUAUCGAUAACUUUGUUACUCCUGUUAAUAUUGAAGUUCAGUAUGCUAGCGAAGAAGUAAUUGCAGCUGUGGAAAGAGUAGGGGGAAUAAUCUGUAACCGUUAUUAUGAUCUGUAUUCCGUUUGGGUAAAAUCUGACCCUCAAGGAUUCUUCAUGAAAGGCAUUCCGAUCCCAAAAGCUAAAUUGCCUCCUAAUGCGUUGAUUCCAUUCUACGCAAACGCUGAGUCUCGAGGUUAUCUGGCGGACCCUGAGGAAGUGGCGAAAUCUCGAAUUUGGUUGGCUCAAAAGUAUGGUUAUCACCCAUUCGAUUUUAGUUCAUCCUCGGAAUCCACUCAAAAGCUGAUGUCUAUGCGGAAAGAUCCUCGACAAAUAUUUCAUGGACUGGAGCCUGGUUGGCUUGUCAGUAUUCCUGACAAAGCGGUUUUAAAGCCAAAAUCUGAUCUCCUUGAUGCCUACCACAAAUCCUGAUUCCCCCAGUAUUUUAUAAAAUGCAUUUUGAAAGUUAUACUGUGGAUAGAUGCAUGUUAAUUAAAAAUAAUAAAUAGUACAUCCAGUUUUAAAAA